CCUGAAUGAAUUAUAUCAUCAUCUAAAAAUGUCUUUUUGUAUUUACUCAGGUUAUGAUAUUAGCAUUUGUUUGAUGAUCUGAAAUUAAUGUGGAAUAAAAAAACAAAAAUAUAAGGCGGUAAAUACUUUUCCACUGAACUGACCAGAAUGUACAGUAAUGGUUGCAUGUAGAUCUGCAGAGAUGGUUCUGCACCAGAGAGAGAUCCAAACUCAUGAAUGUUCUGACUGGGAAAAGUAACAGGAUCUCUACUAAAAACAAGAAUUAUGCAUGAGCAGCAGUGAUGUUGUCCUCUUGCACCUCUAUUUGUGAUCAUACUGAUGGGUUCGGUCUUAAAGUGAGUCCAGCAGAUCCAGAAUCAGUGAUCAGCAUGAUCCUGAUUAAUAUUCUCCAUGAGGAUAGUUACUUUGUAAAAAGGGUCUCUGCUGCUUUAGCUGCUUGUCCGUCAGUCAGCAAACAGAGAGGUUAGCGCUGACACCUGAUAGGAUAACACCUCCAGAAACUUGAGCCCAAUUCCACGUUCUAUUGGCUGAUUAGGUUCCGUGUGCAGUUAUUGAUCAUGAAGCUGCCCCUGUUUGUUAGUUUAUCAGAUAUUAGCAAAUAAUUUUCAGGUUCAUAGUUUGUUGUCUCUUUAUUUAUCUAAACCUCAUUUGAGCUUAUUAAUAACUUAUUGAUCAGUUAUUUUUGGUUUGACUGAAGCAGUUAUUUCUAAAUAUUUAUUAUCUUCUAUAUUUCAGAGUCAGGUUUCAACUAAUUUGUGUGUGUGUCGAACGAGGCUGAAUUAUUGAUAAAGGCAACUCUCUCUCUCUCUUUCUCUUUAUCCAUCUCUGAGAGGACAAAAAACAACAGAACAGAAGACAAGGAGACAGCAGAGAUAAGACAGGAGACGAAAAGAAAAAAGAAAAGGUCUAUGAGAAAAGACAAGAAAGAAUAAAAGGCUGACAGAGAAGCAACAAAGGAGAUAAAAGGAAGAAAAACGACAAAAAGCUGCUCAGAUAAAACAGAUAAAUGUGGAGGGACUGAAUGAAGAACAAAUGAUGAAGAACUGAAGAGAUAAAGAAGACAUUUAAAACAGAACAGACUGAGGAAGAAGAGCUGGAAAACAAGAUGUGAAAGAAAACAACAAAUUCAAGAAAGAUGCUUCAUGACAGAAGAAAGGAAGAUGAAGAAGAGGAGGCUGACACCUGUCAGCCCCACCCUCAUCCCUGCUCCUCUGUUGUCACGGAGACAACAAUGUCAGGGAGGACACAGGACCUGGUGUGUAUUGUGUGUUUUGGCAGCUAUGACCUACUGACAAGGUUGCCACGGCGACUCCACUGUGGCCACGCCUUCUGCCAGGACUGUCUGAAGAGAUUGGACACAGUGAUUAACGAGCAGGUGUGGAUCCCGUGUCCCCAGUGUCGACAGAACACACCACGACCCAGAGGAGGAGCGGCAAGUUUGGACCUAGACUUGGCCUCCUUCCUGGCAGUGAAGGCCCAGCAGACCUAUAUCUCUUGUUCCUCAUCCCCCUGGACCUCUGCUCGCAUGGACGAGGCACCAGCGGUCAGAGACGGCAAGCCUUGGCUGGGAAAAGAAGUAUCAGAUGAUGGCUGGCUGCACGGUGGUCUGGCUGAGCCACGCUUCCAUCGCUAUGGCAACUGUUGCCCAACCCCGUCCUGUUUGCUGUGCUGCUGGUUCUGCUGCCCAGGGCAGAGAUAAGGCACUGGGACAGAACAGACCAACUCCAGAACAGCUCCAGUUACCUAAUGAUACAAGGCCAGUUCAGAUGCACACUGAUCCAUCCUAGCUGAUCUGAUCAAAUGCUAACAUCUGACUGAAAGAGCUGAUACAAAACAUGUUGGAAAUAGCCAGGUAAUAACUGCUGAGGGAAGUCCUGCAAGACCCAUUGGAGUACCUUGAGGACAUCCCCAAACCCAGAACUGGUCUACCUUCUGACCGGUAAACUAAAGCAGAUAAAAGACUCAGACUUCCACUGAAGGUGGACUGAGAUCAUUCACACCUGGAUAUAUCUUCAGCCAGCUGGUAUCAGAUCACCCAGGAUGGUUAUCAGUGCCAGGUCUGAUCAGGUCCUAACAUGUAUAAAGAAAAUCAUCACAUCUAAAGCCUCUGGACUUUCUUCGCUGCACAAAGAACAAGUAUUUCAAGAUCUUCUG